UUGCAAACUUUCUGGUUGUUGAUUUAACAAAUAUUUAUUGAACAAUUGCUAUGUCAUCCACUGUGUUAGGUGGUAAGAUUCAGUGUUGAGUAAAACCAGAUACUUGACCUUCAUGGAAUUUAUAACGUACUGGAAGGAAGACACAUUAAACAUAAUUAGAUUAAAAGUAAAAUUAAACUAAAUUAAACUAAAACUAACAGUCAUAAUAAGUUCUAGCAGCACUCUAAGUGCUCAUAAAUGGAAUAUUUUACCUUCUCCAGGAGGCCAGAAAAUAUUUCCCUGAGAAAUGACAGUUGAGCCAACAUCAGAGGGAUAAGAUGUUUCCAAGCUAACUUGGUCAGAAGAGCAUUCAUGCGAGAGAAUAUUGCAAGUGUAAAGACUUGGAGGUAGAUGUGAUCCUGGUUGUGAAGAUGAGAAAAGAAGUGAAGAGAAUCUGAGUUUUUAUCUGAAAACUUGUCAGGAGUGUGAGCAGACUGGAGUCAAAAAAGGGCACCGAAGAUACGCUGUUAAAAAGCCAGAGACGAGCACGACGACGAUUGCUUGAAGAAGUCCCUCCAUGAAGAAUCCAGUCCAAAUCUUGGAGCAUUUGGACAAAUUAACCUACUGAGGAAGAAGAGGAAGGCCCAAGACCAGUGCUGCUUUGGAUUUCCUAAGGAACAAGGUCUUCACUCAGGAGAAGGGCAGCUGCUCCAAGCAAGGCAUGCAGCAGAUAGCCGUGGUCAUCACGGAAGACGUCUCGCAGGACCGUGUGUCCGGGCCGGCUUCUCUCCUGCACCGGGCAGGGGUUAUCAUUGCAGUGGGCACUCAGAUGGCCUCAGAGAGAACAGACCUGAAGAAGAUGGCAUUGUAUACUCCUCGGAAGCAUGUCAUCUCCCUGGAAUCACUUUUGUAACUCUCCAUUGUGGAGAGCAAGAUUAAGAACCACAAAUUUCCAUCAGCCAAAAUUGACAAGAAUGAGUGGUGCCAGUUGGUGUUCAGGACUCUUCACUCCAUUGGACAGUGCAAGGCCCUGGGCUGCCUCGGAGCCAAUCUGUACCCCCACUGUGUGGGGCUGUCUGCAGAGACACCCCUCCUGCCCGAUGGUCCUUUUCUGAGACUCUGGCCAGCCAUCGUCCUGUCGGCUGGCACUGGCUUCCAGCAAGUUGCUUCUUCUUAUUGCCUAGGCUGUGUGUACAUUGAGAAGGCAGAUAUUUACUUCCUUAUUGAUGGGUCUGAUAGCAUCAACCAAGAAGAUUUUCUGGAAAUGAAGGUGUUCAUGAAGGAGAUGAUAAAGAUGUUCCAUAUUGGGCCUGACAGAGUACAGUUUGGAGUCACUCAGUACUGAAUUAAUAGUCAGUUCAUCCUAAGUCAGCAUCUGAGUGUGGCAAGGUUGAAGGAAGCCACUGAUGGCAUCCAGCAGAUAAGAGGUGGCACCAUGACAGGUCAGGCCUUGAAUGACAUGGCUCAGGUAUUUGCAGACCAGGCUCACAGCCAUGUGCCUUGGUAUCUCGUAGUAAUCAGAGAUGCUACAUCUGCCAACCCAGUGGCAGAGGCACUGAGAGAACAUGGGCUUAUCAUUUAUGCUAUUGGAGUCAGAGAUGCUGACAUUACUGAGCUUCAGCAGAUCACUAAAGACAAGAUGUUUUUCAUGCAUGAGUUUGAUUCCUUGAAGGCCAUCCAGCAAGAAGUGAUACAGGAUAUCUGCUCCACAGAGACUUGUAAGAAUAGGAAAGCUGACAUUAUCUUCCUGAUAGAUGGUUCAGAAUCCAUCUCCCCAAAAGACUUUGAAAAAAUGAAGGGAUUCAUGAAGAGGAUGGUGAACCAGUCCAGUAUUAGUAUCAGUGAAAUUCAGAUUGGCCUUCUGCAGUUCAGUUCAACCCCCCAAGAGGAAUUCAGGCUCAACCAAUACUUCCCAAAGGUGGACACAAACAGAGCCAUCACGAACGUCCAGCAGAUGAAUGGCGGCACACACACUGGGAAAGCCCUGACCUUCACUCUGCCUUGUUUUGAUGGUUCAUGGGGAGGACCCAGUGUCCAUCAGUAUUUGAUUGUGAUCACUGACGGGGUCACCCAGGAUAAUGCAGCCAUACCAGCCAAGGCUCUCAGGGGCAGAAACAUAAUACUUUUUGCAAUUGGGGUGGGACAAGCCAAAAACUCUCAGCUUUUGGAGACUACUAAUGACCAACACAAAGUUUAUUAUGAAGAAAAAUUUGAAUAUCUGCAGAACCUGGAGAAGGAAAUUCUUUAUAAGGUUUGCAUUCCACAAGGAUGCAACAUAGAUCUGUCUGUAGGAAUUGGUAUCUCCACUCCCAUGAGGCAAGUUCUGCAGAAUCUUCAAGUGUCGCUGCCAGAGCUGAUGCGGCAGUUGGUGUCGCUCUCCAACAUCAGCUGCAGCGUCCCCGGUCCAGUCAGCACAAUGUUCCACCACUUGGUUCCUGGCUCAAAUGGCCAGCUUAUCUUUGACUCUGGCUUUGAAAAGUACAGUGAGGAGGUCAUUCAGAAACUCCUGAUUCAUCAGACUGCCCAUAGCAGCCAUAUGGAUAUGGAAUUUUUGCUGUUUCUGGGAGAUAACGCUGUGCAUCUCUUUUCUGCUGAAGUGAAGGUCCUUUUAGUAUUUACAGACGAACUGGAUGACGGUUUAGAGAGACUGAAGGAAAUAUCUGAGCUUCUCUGCUGCAAAGGAUUCUCUGGACUCCUCAUUAUUGGCCUGGGAGGUGUGCAUAAAUUAGAAAAGCUCCAGGAGCUAGAAUUUGGCAGAGGAUUUGCAUAUAAUCAACCUCUGAGCACCACACUGCGAUGCCUCCCAAAUAUCUUACUGAAGCAACUUGUACUGAAGACACAGUUGCAGAAGGAACAUGCUGCAAUAGGUAUGCAGAAUUCUUUGGAGAAGGUGGGCAAGAGAUUGCAUGGACCAUGUCACAGUUUAGUCAUGCUGACAGUCAUUUCUGCUGGUUUGAGUAGGUUGGGAGGUGAUACAGGUACUUGCUUGACUGUCUCCAGGUGCAUCAUUAUUCCACAGGGAAAAAGAGGCCCCCGGGGUCCUCCUGGGCUCCAAAACAAGGACGGAUGCCCAGGUGCGAGGGGACCUGAGGUGAGUGUGAACCUUGAGCUGUACAGUAACCAGGUCCAUCUGGUCCUCUUGGGUCUGACGUGCCCAAUUUCCUUUGCCCCACAGGGAAAUCCCAGUGAUGAAGGUAUUGACGGUUUGGAUGGAGAACUAGGUAAUCAUGGAGUCCCAGGGUCAUCUGGAGAAAAAGGACAUGGGGAAAACCGGGGCUUGACCGGGUCGCCCGGACUGUCUGGAGAGCGUGGGGAGCCUGGGCCCAGGGGAGACCCUGAGCAUCCUGGAAUGGAUAGUUACAUCCAAGGCAUUAAGGGAGAAAAAGGAAGGCGUGGCCAUCAGGUAAGACGCCCUCUGUUCUCUUGGCAAUACUGGGACACACGGGAAGGUGCUAGCUGGUGCAGAGGCUUAGGCAUUGGUUUGGAUCAGCAUAGAAAACCAGAGCGCAAACCUGUGGGACCCCAUUUCCAUGCAGACAGGAGCUCUGAAUUGGGACCCUUCAGUUUCGAUGGACCUCAGGGGGCAGUGGGCAGUGUGGGUCCUCAGGACGGAGAGGAAGGCGAGGACCCCAAGGACCUUCUGGACAAAAAGGCUUACCUGGUGCCCAGGUGGGCGCGAGAAACCGAGCGCCACGGCGCCGCGGCUCAGUCCACCCUCCUGGGCGUCGCGGGCAAAUCACCGCGCUGCACUGCCUGCCCGGCGCUUGCUCUCCCCACUCAGCGUCCCGGGGCUCCCGACACGGAGGAGCAGGGCCUCUGCCUGGGAGGGGCGUCCGGGAGCGCGCGCGCCCUGAGCCGUGUGCCGCGCGGCCGCGGGAUCCCGGGGAGCGCAGGCUCCGCCCGGAGGCUGAAACAGCAGCGCCUGGAGACCCCGGCGCCAGCUUCUGUCCCCGUCUCUCUCGGGGAGGAACAACCUAGCCCCAUGGAUAUGGACAUCCAGGACAAAAAGGAAAAAAGAAGCAUCACAGAAAAUCUUAAACCUGUGUAUCUAUUGUGUCAAGGUGUUUCCAAAUGCGCAGUGUUUCCAACUGAAGUGGUCUUCGCCUUGGACUUGUCAAAUAAUGUCUCCCAGUUGGAUUUUGAGAGGAUGAGAGACAUUUUAUUGUCUCUGUUGAUGAAGAUGGACAUAAGCAGGAGUAACUGUCCAGUGGGUGCCCAAGUUGCCAUCAUUUCGUAUGACACCAAAACAGAUUACCUGAUUCACUUCUCAGACUAUAAGGGGCCAUCACUCCUGCAGGGCAUCAGGAAUAUCCCCCUGGAAGGGUCAUCUGGCAGCAGGAAUCUUGGGGAUGCCAUGAGGUUCAAGGCAAGACAUAUGUUCAAUCGUGCGUGCUCGGGCCUUGUCAUGAGGAAAGUGGCUGUGUUCUUCCUGGCAGGCUGGGCCCGUGAUGCAGAAGCCGUCAGUGCAGAUACACUGGGGCUCCAUGUGCUGGACAUCACCCCUGUGGCUGUCAGCUUCACCGAGGAGCACAACCUCCCAGAGGUCCUGCUGAGGGGCAGGGCUGGGGGAGGGUGGCUGGUGGCAGGGGACAAAUUCCCCAGAAUUGAUAUGGAUGGAACCAGCAGCUUUCAGGUGUUUGUUUGGGAGCCGGGGCACCAGCAGGAUGUGGAGCACCUGGUCCACUGCACCCUCUGCUAUGACCCUUGCCGCCCGGGCCCCCCGGCGGUGGACACGGACUUGGCUUUCGUGAUGGACGGCUGUCUGGACGCCCUGAGGCUCGUGGGGGCGGCGCGGCCCCGCUCGUCCUCCCGCGGGCGCGCGGCCCUGGUGUCGCACACGACUCUGGGCUCCCGGCCAGGCGCAGGGCGCCCCUGUGCUCGAAGCCCCCGCCUGGCCUCGUUCGGCCUGAGUGCGCAGAUGCAGAGGCUGGGCCGCGAGGCCGCGGGCCGCCCGCCGCAGGGAGCCCCCGCGCUGGGCACGCCCUGGAGUGGACGCUGGCCCCGGGGGCUCCUGGCCGCCCCGCGGCCGCGGAAGGCGCGGAUGCUCUUCGCCAUCCUGGCCGGCGAGACCAGCAGCUGGGACCGGGAGAAGCUACGGGCUGUGUCCCUGGAAGCCAAGUGCCAGGGCAUCACGCUGUUCAUGCUGGCUGGGCCGGGUGAGGGGGCCCGCGAGCCCGCCGAGUUGGCCCACGGGGCCAGCACUCCCCCAGAGCAGCAUCUGCUGUGCCUGGAAGGGGUCUCAGACGCCGACGUGGCCUACGCCCGGGCAUUCCUGAGGGCCUUCCUGAAUCUCCUAAGAAGUGGAAUAAACCAGUACCCACCCCAAGAGAUCAUUGGGGAACCAAAGCAAGGGGAUACUCUGCUGUGAUCAGCUGUGCCUGUCCAGAGGUAGGCCAAGGUUGUCUCACAGCCCUGCCCCUACAGGACACUGUCUCUCUAAAGAAAGGUCACAGGCAAUGCCAAUCUUUGACCUGACCCAAACCACUGGGGCUAGGAUGCUCCUGUGUUUGGAAAACUCUGGUGUGGUUUCAUAUUUUUUUUAAUGGUAAGAGUAAUACAGGACUAAUGUAAAGAAUUCAAAGAGCAUGUAAGUAUAUAAAAGCAAGAAAUGGAAACUUUCCAUUUCAUCCUCUAAUCACAUGUCCCAGAUGGAAAAUGGAUAAUGCUAAACACAUUAUUGUGAUGUUUGUCCAAAUGCUUCUGCAAACCUAGGAAAAGCAGCAGGCUGUGCCCAAGCGUCAAGCUUACAGAAUCCAGCAGUGUCACUGGGGGUACAGCCUCUCCGUCCCUGUGGUUUGGUUAUGCUGCUGACCUGAUUGCUCCCAUACAGGUUGCCCGAGGGCCAGUUUGGCAUAUCUGGCUUUGCUGAUGAUUUGGAAGCACUUGGAGUAGCGAACUCUUUCCUAGGGGAGAGUAGAAAAGCCACAAUGACAUACGUAACUCAGCAAUGAACACUUGACUGCUAUGAAAAGGAUGCCUAUGGUGCUGAAGGAGAUGAAUGAGAAACACCUGUGAGACCGAAGGAGGCCAGAGAAGAAGGGCACCCAGGCACUGCCGACGGUGAACAUCGGACUCCUCCUCCUUAGGUUGAAUUCACUUUUUAAAAUCUUUAUCUUUUUAAACAAAAAUUACUGUGCACUGUGUUAGCAUGCAAGUUUUGGCUUUUUAUACACUUUCCUUCCAAGUGCACAAAUUUGUGUAUGCAGUUAAAGAGAUCAGUUUAAGAAACAUACAGAAGCUAACUUUGAUCUGACUAUAAAAGUGGAGAUGCCAGAAGCUAUUUCAGGGAGUAUUAUGGGGGUGUAUUAUGGAGUACUCCCAAGUGUUCACUUCAUUGCAGAGAGGCAGCUGCCAUCAUGCCAAAGUGGAGACCUUCAGGGGAAAUGCACUGGCUUGUAGAGGCUCCUUCAUCUGUUAGUGGCCACAUAGUUCCAAUCAUGUUUAGAGAACAGUUUGGAUCCAUCUAGAACAACUGUAGCAUCGCAUUUGGAUUGCAGCAUGUAAUAAUGGAAAUGCCAGGUUACCUCUUACAUGGAUCAACAAAUUAAGCAAACAGCAAACACAUUUGAAAGAGUUAUGGGGGGACUAGACUCUGAACUUUUUAAAAGGCAGGGAAAAGAUUGCUGAAAGAGCUUGUAGCCCGAGGUGUGGGCAGUCCUGCUCAGGGUCAAUGAGGGAUGACUGCCUGGAGGUUUUGAAGGUGCCUCGAUGGUUCUUCAUCUGGGGCUGCUAGACAGAGUGCCGUAGGGAAGUUUUUAAUCUCUGUGGUUCAGUUUUCUGAUCUAUGCAGUGGGGAUUAGAUGAAUACCUACCUCAUAGGGUUGUUUUGAAAAUAAGACAUAAUUCAUAGUAGGCAUACAGGUUAGCUCCUGCUGGUGGGUCCUGCCUCUUAGAUUCCAAAGCAAACACAGGUGCAAAGGAAAUAAUGAAACCAAAUAGACAGCAACAGGUACUCCCAGCAAGGACACUAACAUUUCACCUCCUUAGGCCAAAACUUAAGCAUAAGAACUUAUCUUGCUGAUGACUAUAUUUCCAGUAUACAAUACCCUCAGGUAAUCUUAUUAAGGCAGUGAUUUUCACUUUUGGCUAGAAUCAACUGGGAAUCAUUAAAAAUUAUGAAUGCCUACACCUCACCCCAGAUUAAUUCAGUCUGAAUCUUCGGGCAUGGGACUUACCCGGUGACUUCACUGAGCACCCAGGAGUGAGGAGCCAUGCUCUGGGCAUCCUUUCCCCCUACUGAGGGUGAAGAAGGUGCAGAGAGCCUACUGGUCAGCUCAUCGGUCCUAGUCAGGUCGCCACUGAGGCCAGAAGUAUCCCCACAUUUCCAUUUCCCCCGGCCAGUCCCUGCCCCAUGAAACCCCAAGGCCGUCCUACCUUCCCCGCCUCUCAGGCUGCUUCUCCAUGUCUCUUCCUCCAGCAGAUCCCUUAUCUUCUU